UCUCAUGUAGGGUCCCCCAGACUCAGAGGCAGAAAGGGGGUCUGAGCUGAGGCGUAGGGGGCCACCCAGUCCAGCCAGGGCAAGGAGAGAGGCCAGGAGCCCCGGGGAGGCCUCCCACCUGCCCCGAGCACCUGACUUCCGAGCAGCUGACCGGGUGCCGGUGCCUGGGCCAGGGCCUGGCCGAGGCCUUAGGUGGGAGGCAGUCAGGGGCUCAGAGUUGGUCCUGACCCUCCAGGCCUGCCAUGAGAUUUGGGGCUAGAGUGUGGGCUCUUGGGUUUUAGGGGCCUGGAGAAGCCUUCCCCGUCCUGACUGGGAGAUCAUGGAGUCCAACCUGCAGGGGACCUUCCUGCUGAACAACACGCCGCUGGCUCAGUUUCCGGAGAUGAAGGCCCCUGUGUGCCAGUACUCAGUGCAGAACUCCUUCUACAAGCUCAGCCCCCCGGGGCUGGGCCCCCAGCUGGCUGCGGGGACCCCCCACGGGAUCACGGACAUCCUGAGCAGGCCCGUGGCUGCACCGAACAGCAGCCUCCUCUCCGGCUACUCCCACGUGGCAGGCUUCGGGGGGCUCAGCUCGCAGGGGGUCUACUACAGCCCCCAGGUAGGAAAUUUUUCCAAGGCUGGAAACGAGUACCCCACCCGGACCCGGAACUGCUGGGCGGACACCGGCCAGGACUGGCGAGGCAGUCGGCAGUGCAGCAACACCCCAGAUCCCCUAAGUGACAGCAUACACAAGAAGAAGCACACCCGGCCCACCUUCACGGGGCACCAGAUCUUUGCCCUGGAGAAAACCUUUGAGCAGACCAAGUACUUGGCUGGCCCUGAGAGGGCGCGGCUGGCAUACUCCCUGGGCAUGACUGAAUCGCAGGUCAAGGUGUGGUUCCAGAACCGCAGGACCAAGUGGCGGAAGAAGAGCGCCCUGGAACCCUCGUCCUCCACGCCCCGGGCCCCGGGCGGCGCGGGCGCGGGCGCAGGCGGGGACCGCGCACCCUCGGAGAACGAGGACGACGAGUACAACAAGCCGCUGGACCCUGACUCGGACGACGAGAAGAUCCGCCUGCUGCUGCGCAAGCACCGCGCCGCCUUCUCGGUGCUCAGCCUGGGAGCGCACAGCGUCUGACGCCCGCCGUCCAGGCCC